UUGGGCUACCGGUUCCUGGGGGAGCGGGACUGCGGGGCCCCCUGUGAGCCAGCCCGGCCCAACGGGCUCAUGUACUUCAAGGAGGCAGAGGUGCGAUUUGCCCGGCUGUGGGUGGGCGUGUGGUCUGUGCUCUGCUGCGCCUCCACCCUCUUCACUGUGCUCACCUACCUGGUGGACAUGCGCCGUUUCAGCUACCCAGAGCGGCCCAUCAUCUUCCUCUCAGGCUGCUACUUCAUGGUGGCAGUGGCCUAUGCGGCAGGUUUCUUGCUGGAGGAGCGGGUGGUGUGUCUGGAGCGCUUCUCUGAGGACGGCUACCGCACCGUGGCCCAAGGCACCAAGAAAGAAGGCUGCACCAUCCUCUUCAUGAUCCUCUACUUCUUCGGCAUGGCCAGCUCCAUCUGGUGGGUCAUCCUGUCCCUCACCUGGUUCCUGGCUGCUGGCAUGAAGUGGGGCCACGAGGCCAUCGAGGCCAACUCCCAGUAUUUCCACCUGGCUGCCUGGGCUGUGCCUGCUGUCAAAACUAUCACCAUCUUGGCCAUGGGGCAGGUGGAUGGGGACAUACUCAGUGGGGUGUGUUACGUAGGUAUCUACAGCGUGGACUCGCUGAGGGGCUUUGUGCUGGCGCCCUUGUUUGUGUACCUCUUCAUUGGCACUUCCUUCUUACUUGCUGGCUUUGUGUCCUUGUUUCGCAUCCGCACCAUCAUGAAGCACGAUGGCACCAAGACGGAGAAACUGGAGAAGCUGAUGGUGCGCAUCGGUGUCUUCAGUGUCCUCUACACGGUGCCUGCCACCAUUGUCCUGGCAUGUUACUUCUACGAGCAGGCCUUCCGUGGUACCUGGGAGAAGACGUGGCUCCUCCAGACCUGCAAAACCUAUGCCGUGCCCUGUCCCAGCCACUUUGCCCCUAUGAGCCCAGACUUCACAGUCUUCAUGAUCAAGUACCUCAUGACCAUGAUUGUUGGGAUCACGACUGGCUUCUGGAUCUGGUCUGGCAAAACGCUUCAGUCCUGGCGACGCUUCUACCACAGACUCAGCACCGGCAGCAAAGGCGAGACGGCAGUAUGA